AAAGUGAUAGCAUUUGCACAGAUGUGCCCGGGGAUGUUUAUUACGACUGUUUCAAACAACCGCACAUAACAACGCUUUAUGACUGAACGGUCGUAUAAAGUAACAUCUGCAUGUAGGGAAAGGAAUUGCGCAAAGGGGAAGUUUCUUACUCCGUUUCAAUCAAAAGACCAUUAUUGAAAUAAGGGGACCCAACCACUUUCUCAUCUGUUAAUGCAAUGAGACACGCGCACAUACUGUCACACACAGACAUACAAUACAUACACAAUAGAGAGAGAGUGUAAGAGAGAAAGAGAGAGAGAGAGAAGCUUUUAAAGGGGAGCACUCCAAGCUUUCUGUCGGUAAGCGCACUUCUAAACUCAAAGCACCGCCCUCUAUCUUUCCCUUUUUUCCUCCCCUCCAUUGCUUUUCCACCUGCCACACGUCUUCGACACACACGCCACAGAAUCCAGCUCGCGCAGCCGUCGCUGGUGCAUCAGAUCAUUGAAGCCAAAGGGGGCUUAAAAAAAAACCUGCGAUACCCCUCUUGCGCAUCCCUCUGCGACACUGUGGGAUUACCCUGACGAUUAGUGGUAGUCACACGCUUAAAAAGAUCUAUACUUCUUCACUUCUUUCAUAAUCUUCCAUCGCUGACUGUACUUUUUUCCUUCUCCAUAAUCCUUCUAUGGGAUGACUGCGGGAUGCAUCAAUCCAAGCAUCAAAGGUGAGGCAGCGAUCAAACGAUCAAGGAGUUAUGUUUCAAAAAGAAAUCUAUAAAGCGUCUCAUUAGCAUAUGUCAAGAGGGCAUUUACAUAUGGACUAGAUUUAAACAGGAGCUCUGCUCUCUACGGCUGUUCAGAACACCACGCAGUGUGGAAGAGAGAGGAGCGUCUGCUUCUUCCAGAACUGCAUCUAGUGAAUCGCGGAAACCCGGAGCGCACGGAGCAAUAGCAGAGCGUUUGGGAGUAUCCCGAGGUUGACAGAGCAUGUGCUUCACGGCAACCAGCGCGGAUGUAAACACGCACUGAAAAACCCGCAAUCGUGGACUGCGCAAAAAAGCAGGUGAAAAGCCGAGCAAAGGAAGCUUCUAUUGGAUCGCACGCAUUAACUUUUCCCCCUUCACGCACUCCCGCUCUCCUGGAUUUGCAACGGUAAAAAGUGGGUCUGUUGGUUUGGUGAUGGGUGCUGUGGGUGAGGUGGGCAGUUUCUCGCACGGCCUGGAGAGCUUCGGACACGGAUCCCAUUUUGUCCUGACGCCUGCGGGGGAUACUGCCGCCCUUAUGAAUGAGCACCUGGUCUCCGCGGAAAGACUCUCCCGGAGCACUUCCUCAGAUUUAACGCAUCUGAAAGGGAUCCUCCGGCGGAGACAGCUCUACUGCAGGACCGGAUUCCAUCUCGAAAUCUUGCCAGACGCCACAGUUCAAGGCACUCGAAAAGAUCACAGCAGAUUCGGUAUACUGGAAUUCAUCAGUCUUGCAGUGGGAAUGGUGAGCAUCCGCGGAGUGGACAGUGGACUCUACCUGGGAAUGAACAGAAAAGGCGAACUGUAUGGCUCUGAGAAGCUGUCAGCAGAAUGCAUCUUCAGAGAGCAGUUUGAGGAGAACUGGUACAACACAUAUUCAUCUAACCUGUAUCGACAUGGGGAUAAAGGUUCGCCCUAUUUUGUGGCACUGAACAAAGACGGGACAUCACGGGAUGGCACUCGAUCUCGCCGCCACCAGCGGUUCACACAUUUCCUACCACGGCCAGUGGACCCCGAUAGAGUUCCAGAACUCUAUAAAGAGCUGUUAGGCCAGAGCUGAGGAGAGGGGUGGAGGGGGGGUUCCCAACCCCCCCCCACCGGACCGCCAAGACAGACCUGGCCACUGAAGUGUGCCUGCAUGCCCUAGGCUCCUUUGGUUCUGUGGAAGCUGAGGAGGCCCAACGUUGGCCGCCCCUCAGGCAGGGUUGCAGAGAGGUGGGGGAUAGGGUGCAGGGAGCAUAUCCCCCAAACACCCCAAAUCUCACCUCAACAUUCCCACCAAGAGGUACCCCUGAGAGAAGGGCGGAGGAUGGAGCCAGCACUGGAGAUUAAUGGAGCACUGUUUCCUGUUAUCACUGUUUCACCCUUGUAGGCUUGUCUGCGAGGAGGUUGGGCUGCCAUUUUGGUUUUGCUUGUUUAUUCUCUUCACUGUAAGGCAGAACCACAGAACUACAGGCAUCUUCGGAUUGGAUUUGUCCUAUGGAGCUGCUGCUGCUGCUAAAACCUUCACUGAAGAUUUCAAAGAACUGACACAGACAGUCCGACAGGCUUGUUUGUCCACAUUAAGAGGACAACAGACCGAUAGGAGAUUACUGGCUGUCCAUCCUUCCUGUACACUCUAUGGACCUCUCUUGUUUGGUACCAGUAAAUGGUGGACUCUUACUACUGACUCAUUGAAGACUUGUGAAGGAAUCCCUACUUUGUGCUUUAGUGACUUCACUCUGUAUCUGACACUGGCAUGGACAAUAAAGAGACUUAUGUUAGUUUUUAAUUUUCCUCCUGAUUUUUCUUCUUUUUUUAAUUUAUGCAUUUUGGGACAUGUAUUUAUUUUAUAUAUUUAUUUAUUAUUAAAAUAUAUUUUUACAGGCAUAAGAUAUAAGAGGAAGCAAUGAAAGAUUUAUUUUUUACCACUAUAGACAUUAUUGUGUCUUUUUAAAUCAAUGACUGAAGAAAGUAUUUUCCUAUGAGUUUCAGAUGUUGAUUUCCUGGGUUUGAGUCAAAUCACUGUUCAUUCCAUAGCUUGUCAUCAGACCUUUGUGGUUAUCCAUGUUGUUAUCUGUCACGGCACCCCAUGGAAGCCCAAGAGGCCGCCAAGCAACAUGGCGAGGCAAAAAGGGAAUUAAACUCUUCAAACGAA